AUGGCCCCAUCUAAUCCUCUCGCCAACUGGGAGAGACUGGGCGAUAGUUUCUACCGCAAGGUGCCCAUCUAUGACGCGAUCUUCGAUGAAGACAUCGAAUUAGAGAACUACAUCAUCGCGGGCGCUCCCUACGGAGGAGCUAUCGCGCUGCACCGAGAUGAAAGCAAGCCGUACCGGUUCCGCGACGCACAGACGACAAAGUCGAGCAUUGACAUCUACUCGUGCUCAGGGAAGCUCAUCAAUCGGCUAAAUUGGGAGUACGGCACGAUCCGUGGCCUCGGCUGGUCCGAUAAAGAAGAGCUCUUGGUCAUUACCGAAGACGGCACGGUCCGCCGUUACUUUGGGCUUCACGGCGAUUUCACCUCCUUUUCCCUUGGUAAUGGGGCUGAAGAAUAUGGCGUGAGGGGAUGUCGUUUCUGGACGUCGGGCUUUGUGGCGCUGCUCUCAAACAACCAGCUGGUGGUUGUGUCGAACUACGACGAGCCGCGGCCCAGGUUGUUGGCACCUUGUCCAGAGGGAGAGGUCUCCUCAUGGUCGCUGAUACCGCCUGCGUACACGCUGUCCCGCUCAGUUGAGGUGUUGCUAGCUGUUGAUAAGACUGUCUACUUGGUCGACCCGACCGAAGCGGAGGACAAGGUUCUCCAGAAUGGACCGUUCAAACAUGCGAGCGUAUCACCUACCGGAAGAUUUGUCGCGCUCAUCACAGCCGAAGGGAAAGUCUGGGUUGUGAGCAGUGACUUCCAAAGCAAGUACAGCGAAUAUGACCCGGAAUCCCGAGUGACGCCUAGGACUGUCGACUGGUGUGGAGACGAUGCGGUUGUUAUUGCGUGGGAAGAUGAGGUGCAUCUUAUUGGGCCCAAUGGUGUUGCUGCGAGGUAUUACUACGAUGGAACAGUUCAAGUUAUACCGGAGUUUGAUGGUGUACGACUCAUCACUAAUGAUACAUGCGAAUUUUUGCACAAAGUCACUGACGUCACGGAGGCGAUCUUCCGGCUUGGCUCUACUUCGCCUGCAUCGGUGCUCUUGGAUUCCGUGGACUUGUUGGAGAAGAAAUCCCCCAAAGCUGAUGAGAAUAUUCAACGGAUCCGCCCUAGUCUGCCAGAGGCAGUUGACACCUGCGUCAAAGCUGCGGGCCAGGAAUUUGAUACACACUGGCAAAAACGCCUGUUGAAGGCAGCCUCCUUUGGAAAGUCUGUGCUCGACUUAUACAACAGCGACGAAUUCGUGGAAAUGACGGAGAAACUACGAGUGUUGAAGGCAGUGAGGGACUAUCAGAUCGGAUUGCCGAUUUCCUACGAGCAGUAUAUGCGUCUUACGCCAGAGCGGCUCAUCGAGCGCUUAGUGAACAGGCACGAAUAUCUUCUGGCAAUCCGAAUUUCCGAAUACCUCGAACUGGCUGCCGACAAAAUCUACGUCCAUUGGGCGAGCCAAAAAGUCAAAGUCGCCACGGGAGAUGACGAGGCAGUUUGUAAGCUCAUUGUUCAGAGACUAGAUGGAAAGCCGGGUAUAUCAUUUGAGUUGAUUGCUCAAACGGCUUAUGAUGAAGGGCGCGUGCAUCUCGCAACACAACUAUUGAACCACGAACCGCGGGCCGGCAAGCAGGUUCCGUUGCUGCUGAAUAUGGAGGAGGAUGAGAUUGCCUUGGACAAAGCUAUCGAAAGUGGAGACGUCGAUCUAGUGAACUACGUCCUUCUACACCUCAAGUCAAAACUCCCCCUCGCGAGCUUUUUCCGGACUAUCAACACCCGCCCCAUGGCAUCUGCCCUUGUGGAAACAAAUGCCCGGUCGCAGGACACAGAGCUGCUCAAGGACCUGUUCUACCAGGACGACCGUCCUAUCGAUGGUUCGAAUGUGCUUCUUUUAGAGGCGUUGAAUGAGACGGACCUGCCACGGAAGACAGAAAAGCUCCAUCUAGCAUCGCGCCUGCUGUCAGACUCGAAGGACCCAUCGGUAGUCUUACAACAAAAGCUGUUGUCUGAAGCUUCACAGCUGCUGAAAGUGCAAGAAGCUUUGGACAAGGACCUUGCCGACAGGACCGAGUUUCUAGGCCUGAGCUUGAACGAAACAAUAUUUAGGCUAAUCAGAUCAGGUUACGGCAAGAGAGCACAGAAGCUCCAAAGUGAAUUUAGGAUGCCAGAGAAAACAUUCUGGUGGUUGAGAUUGAGAGCUCUAGUGGCCAAGCGAGAUUGGGGAGAGUUGGAAGAUAUCGGGAAAAUCAAAAAAUCCCCCAUAGGGUGGGAGCCUUUUUACAAUGAAAUCCUGGGAGCGGGGAACACGAAGCUCGCUUCGGUGUUUGUCCCCAAAUGCACCAACCUGCCCGCAGAGGAAAAAGUGGAAAUGUGGGUGAAAUGUGGGAUGAUUGCCAAAGCAGGCGAGGAAGCCUUCCGAGCAAAGAAUGUGAAUGCCCUUGAGCUCCUGCAGACACGGGCGUCCGGACCAGCCGCCGCCGAGAUCGACCGGAUGAUCAACCAGCUGAGGCCCAGGAAAUAA